AUGUCGACGAUUGAAAAACCGAAGAAAACAAAAAAAUCGAGAGCUCGCCGAGUUUUCAAAAAAGUGAGUCAUUUUAAAACUUUGGAUAAAUCUUACCAUGAAAAAGGGGUUUUUAGAGGUUCCAAUAUUUUCAUAUUAACCCAAAAAAUUAAACUGUUGUACCCUCUUCCUCAUAUCAAAUAACUUUUUCAUUUCAUUUUCAAAAAAAAACCAACUAAAAACUACAAUUUUGAAUCAAUAAUAAUCCCAUUUUUCUAGUUUUAUAAUAUUUUUUCUGUGGUUGCUAACGAAAAAUCCAAAAACCCAACAAUUACCACUUUUUUCUUUUUUUUUCACUCAACUUCAAUUAUGCAUUCGUUUUUUCCUCACUUUUUCUUGCUCAUUUUUUCAGCUUUUCUUUAUAUUUUUUCUUUUUACAUACACACGAAAAAUAUUAGUAGUCAGAAAAAAAAUAAUAUUUUUGAAAAAAAAAAUGAUUUUAUAUGUAUGUUCAUUUCGUGAGUCAUUUAUGCAAAUAUAUAUAAUUCGUAAAACUUUUUGAUUCUCAAAAAAGUGUGAGAGAUUUAGAGAAAAACGUUUCGAGAGGUAAAUAAUAGUCAUUUCAUUUCAAGAGCUUUAGACCAAAGAAAAUAAAAGGGAAAAGGGAACAGCUGUUCUGAACCUUGUUUUUCUUUUUGAGUUUUAUUGAUUUUCUUGCUCUUUUCUGGGAGGUCAAAAAACUCCAAAAUUUCGGUUACUUGAACAUGAUUUUUUUUUUCCGAAAAGAUUAUUUUUUUUUGCUGUUUCUUCAGAAAAAGUAUUUUUUUGCUGUGUCAAAGAAAACACCAAAAAUGACGUUGUUAAAAAAGGAGCUGUUUUCUUGUUCUUUUUUCUCUCUCUCGCAUUUCUGAGCACAUAUGUAUACAUACACACAUAGAGAAAAUUUUUGCUCAUUUUGCUCUUUUUCCUUCUACGACUUUUCCUUAAGUAUUUGAAUUGAAAUUUUUUCGAAAGCCUUUUUUCUUCUUCUUCCUCUAAUGAUAUUUGAUAUUUUUUUUGAGGAGGGAGUGAGAGAUGAAAAUUCAUUUCCGGUGUUGAGAAAAAUUAUAUUAUAUUGAAGUGUUUCAUUUUUUUUGAAUUUAAUCCUUGAACAUUUUUAUUUUUUGCAGAUGGGUGGUGUUAUAUCAUUCAUUUCUCUACGACAUCACGGAGAGCACAACAUGGUUCCAAGUAGACAAGUUAGUUUUUUUCGGAAUUUGAGAGAGAAAAAUGUUCGUGUUUGGAAAAACACGAACAUUUGAUAAAAUUUCGAAAUUUCGAAAGUUAUGCAAACAUGACUCAUUUUCAGAAUGAUCGAAAAUUUUUUGAAAUAGGAACAAAAUUGGAAUUCGGUUUUAAUUGAAAGUGGAGUCAAAAAAAAUAUCAAAAUAAAGAAUCAAGUGCUUUCCGGAAUGCUUUUAUGAAUUACGAUUUCAAAAUAAAAAAGAGACCCAAAGACAGUGUUUCAUUGUUUCAGAAAAUAUUAUUUUCUUUACUUAUCUCUUAAUUUCCAUUGAAAAAGUCCUUCGAGAGAUGUACUAAUUAGAACGUGAUUCAAUGAAUCUAAUUAAGUUUUAUCCUGCACUCCUUCUUUGAAAAGUAUACUUUUUUCAAUCCACUUCUCUUACAUAAUUUUAAGAACAUUGUUUCCAGAUUUGAAUUCUUAAAAAGAAAACUUUUCUCUCUACUAUCCCCCUGUUUUUUAUAAACGUAUGAUCUUCAAAACAAUAUCACUUUUCACUUUUUCAAAGACCAAUCAUCACAUAAACAUUUUUCAUUUUUUAAUUAUCGAAAAUCCGGAAACUCUCUGAUUUUUAUCCCUCAAACUUCAAAGUUCAUAUAAAUAUAAUCAUCGUUUUCCGGUCCCUCAAAACCAACUCUCAUUGUUUUCCCUCGAGACAUUCCGCAAAAAAUACAUUUGUUUAGGUGCGAACAAGAAAUGGGCUUGUCGAAGGAUUUCGGCUCAAAAUUGAUGGCGAAAAAGAGGUCGAUCUAUUUUUAGGCAUUCCAUUUGCGAAGCCACCAGUUGGUGAAUUACGUUUCAAGGUUAGGGGUUUGGAUGAAUAAAUUGAAUUUAUCUCGACAUCUAUGCAUUUUUUUAUAGAAUCCAGAGCAUGCUGAAGAUUGGGAUGGUGUAAAAAAGUGUAUUAGAUUUGGACCACGAGCUCCACAAGCCGAUUUUUUCUGGGAACGUUUCACAUUAGGAGUUGGAAAAUCUGAGGAUUGUCUUUAUUUGAACGUUUUUGCACCAACAUGGAAAGCAGAAGAAGUGUCAAACGGGGUAAUAAAGAGUUUGGGAGAUUUUUUUGAAAAAAAAAAACAAAAUUGCUUUCAGCUUCACCCAGUAAUGGUGUAUGUCCACGGCGGUGGAUUUUUGAUUGAUUCUGCUGUGAAAUAUGGUGAUGAAGGAAUUGCCAAAUAUCUUUGUCGCCAUGGUGUAGUCGUUGUCACCAUUCAAUAUCGAUUGGGACUUCUUGGUUUCUUUUCAACUGGUGACGAAGUCUGCCCAGGAAAUCUUGGACUUUGGGAUAUGACAAUGGCUCUUCAAUGGGUUCGAGAUAAUGUGCAUGCUUUUGGUGGAGAUCCAAGAAAAGUCACAGUUUUUGGACAAAGUGCUGGAGGUGCUAGUGUUGAUUUGUUAUCAAUUAGCCCACAUUCAAAAGGUACGCAAGUUUGAGAAUCUGUAAUAGCCUUCAAUUAGCUUGUGAUAGCUACAAAAAUCUUGACACCCUUUAUUAUUUUUUCGAAAAGUACAUCUAUAAUUAUUACGCAAUCUAUAAUUAUAGAUCUCUUUCAUCAAGUGAUUCCAAUGGCUGGAAAUGCCGAAUGUGAAUGGAGUACGGUAGGAAAAAAUCGGCUGACUCACGCGUGUCGAGAUUUUGCUUAUAGAAAAUGUUGGGAUGAUAAGGAGAAUAUUGGUUAGUCAAUACCAGGAAAUUUAGAAAACUUUUUUCAUAUGAAACAUUUCAGAACAAAAUCCGAGUGAGAAUAUGCUCUCGUUUUUACGAACCAAAAAAGAUAAAGAGUUUGAGAAACGUCUUUUGACUCGUAAAGGAGUUGAUGUGUCGAAAAUCGGGCUCGAUCUUGCUCCAGUUAUUGGCUCAAAGCCAAGUGAUUUUCUGCCGAAAAGUUUGGAUGAUUUGAGAAAAGAAGCGCCGAAGAAAAAUAUUAUGAUCGGAACGUGUGAACAUGAAGGAUUACUUUUUGGUUAGUUAUUUGGUUUAUUGUUUUUAUAAGCUUUAAUUUUUGAUAUGAGUAAACAAUACAUAAAUAAGAUUUUCAGCUAGUCUUGGACCAAAUAAUUUUGAUGAGAAGGGAAUUGAUAAACUUCUUGCACUUUUGAUCACUGAAGAAAAUCAUCAAAAUUUCGAGGAACUUCGAGAAGAAGCAAAAGCCCUUUACAUGAAAAAAGAUGAAGAAGAUAAAGAGGCAAUAACAAAAGGUUAUAUUGAGGUAAUAAAAAUUUGUUCCUCCUCGAAUUUGAAAAAAAAACAUGUUUUUAAAUUGCAGCUCUACAGUGACAUAUUUGUAAAUAAUGGAACAUAUAUUUAUGCUGAAAAAAUGACUGAAUUAGGAAAUCGUGUUUUCAUGUAUUCAUUUGAUUACUGUAAUCCAAGAAGUUUUGGAAUUUUAUCACUGCGAGCACCGUUUCGAGCAGCUACACACUGUACAGAGUUAGCAUAUAUUUUUGGAGUUUCGAUUGUUUUUAAUUAUCGAUAUAAUGAAGCAGAUAAUCAUAUGUUGGAUCUAAUGACAAGAAUGUGGACUAAUUUUGCAAAAUAUGGGUGAGUGAAUAAUCCUGGUUCUCAAAGUGAAUCCCUUCUAUUUCUUCUUCUUCGAAUUUCAAACUUUUUGAUCAAAGUUUGAUCGAGAAAGAAUAAUCUAUAAAUACAUUUAUUGGGUUGUAAACAAAGGGAUAGAAGACAUUUUUUUCCGAACGUGCCAACUUUUUCGUAUUUUGAUUUCUUGAAAAAUAAUGAUUGACAGACUUUUUUGAUUGAUUACUGUGGUUUAAUGAAAGCAUAGAAAUCAAUUUUUUUUUCUGAUUAAUGGUGGGAAUUUUGAUAAUGAGUUAUGAAAAUAUUAAAAAUAAAACAUUGAAAACAAGAUGACUACUUUCAGGCUAGAAAUUUGAAUACAGAUUCACACAUAUAAAACAAUAUCUUCUUUAAAAUUUCAAUUUUUCAGAAAUCCGAAUGGACAAUAUGAGGACUCAACAGUAUUUGAUUUCAAAUGGGAUUCAACGAAUAAAGAAAACCCCACGCAAUUUCUCAAAAUCACCGAUAAAAAAUGUGAGAUGCAACAAAUCUAUCACAAUCAAAGAGCAGAGUUUUGGAAAAAAAUUCGCAUCAGUGCUAAAAACUCAUAG